GACAUUUUAUAACGAAUUCUCUGAUUGGCUCUAGCUACAUUACCGUCUGAAAGGAAUGAAACUGAGACGGGCGCAGCUUUUGUCCCGGAAAUCUCAAUAUCUCUGCAGAAUUCUGUCACUUUCCUCGCCUCUUACCGACCAAAGUACUUUCUAAAGGUUUUCAGCGUCUCGGAGAUUCGUUUGGGCAACUUACUUUAGAGGUUGUUGCCCCAGGCAAGUUUGUACCGACCAAUUACAGAAGGGCUAGAGCGAGCCGAUUCCUCAGUAUGUUCAAGUCCAAGAUGGCGGAGUACGGUCCCGAUUCGGGCGGCCGGACAAAGGGUCUGAUGAUGGUAAAACCCAUUGUGUACGGGAACACGGCCAGGUAUUUUGGCAAGAAGAGGGAGGAGGAUGGACACACCCAUGCCUGGUCUGUGUAUGUCAAACCGUUCAAAAAUGAGGACAUGUCAGUGUUUGUUAAGAAGAUCGAGUUCAAGUUGCACGAGACCUAUGCCAACCCUGUCAGAGUGGUGACGAAACCUCCGUAUGAGAUAACCGAGACCGGGUGGGGAGAGUUUGAAGUCAUCAUCAAAAUUUACUUCAACGACCCUAACGAGAGACCGGUCACACUGUACCAUUUCCUGAAGCUAUUCCAGACAGAUACCAACAUCAUGCUUGGCAAGAAGACGCUUGUGUCAGAACACCAUGAAGAAUUGAUCUUCCAGGACCCGACUCAGAUGAUGCAGACGAUGUUGAACAGCACAAGACAGAUCACCCUGGGGCCGUGGAAACACGAGACAGACUUUGCAGAACGAGAACAGAAGACUCUGGAGAAGAUUGGGAACGCCAGAAAAAAGAUCAGACUAGAAAUCGCAGACCUAAAGGAAAGGCUUAAGGGCAACAAACAAACCAUUCAGAUGUUUAAGGAAGAAAUCAGAAAGUUGGAGGAAACAGAACAAGUUGAGACAGAGACAUGACAUUUGAUAGGAAUAAGAAACUAGUUGCUGUUUAUGUGUAAUGUAGAAAAAAAGUAACUUGCUUCUCAUAUGUUUUGUAUAAUCAUAUCUUGUGCACAGUAAAUAUUAUGUACAUGCUUGCAUGUAUGGGAAGACUGUGAAAAUGAAGGCCCAAAAUUCUGUUUUUACUUUACUUUUUUUACUGUAGAAGAAAAACAAUUCAGUCUUGCAGACUAUCUAUGCGCCUCUGGUGAAAAAUAAGCCUUCUAUAAAUGCUUACUCAUGUAAGUGUAGAUCUGCCUCCGUGAAUAGUUUCAUCAGGUUGGUAAGUCACUGUGUAAAGAGACUCUUUACACAUCCAAGACUUAGUCUUUUAUUCAGCCGACAUUUU